AUGGACGUUUUUGAUGGACUUCCAGAUGCGAUCAUUGUUGAUAUCUUGAACAAAGUAUGUGAUGUCAAAACCCUACUUCGUUGUAGUUCCCUCUCAAAACGAUUCAAUUCACUUGUUCCUCAGUCCGAGUCACUCAUUCUCCGACUCGAGCAGGUCAUCACCACCGAGUCAAAACCCGGUUCUCCUGUCCGCAGCAUUUUCACAUCCUUAGUCAACUCAUCUCGCGCUUAUCUCUCUCGAUUCUCUAAACCAAUCACAUUCAAGAAUCUUUCUCCGAGUAUCCUAUCCAAGAUUCUCUCCUCGUUUGACCGGAUCAAGAACCUUGAAGUCGUGCUUCCCGGCAACGACGCAAGCCUCGGCCUCGAGAAAGGCGCCGCCGUCGAGUGGAGAGCAGAGUGCGGUAAAACUCUCGAGACAUGCACCUUCUUCGCGUUUCGUUCCGCCUCCAUGGUGUCUUCUCCUGCUGCAUCUUCCGACGCGGAGUUCGAGUUCGAGACUGAGAUAAAAACGUGCGUGGAGUGGAUCAUAAGCGCGUUGAUCGUGAUGAGCGAAGUCGUGAAGGAGCACGAGGAGAUGGAGAGUUUGGUGAUUUAUGACAGAGGAGGAGAAGGGACGUUGGUGAUGGGAAAGGAGGGAUUAAGAGAGUUUCGAAAGAUGGUGGCGGCGCGUGAGGGAGAAGUCGAUGAGCGCGUGGAGAAAAUGAAUAAGAGUGUGGUCCCGAGCCUGAGGAUGAGCAUGAGACACGCGCCGUUGUUGAAGCUUAAGAGUGGUAUAUGUUUAGAGUCCGCGACGCUUGUGAUUAUUAGGCCGAGUGAGGGAUACUCUGACGUCGGAGAUGAUGAGCUGGCGACGGAGGCUUUCGCCGGAAAUUGUAUGUACGGUGAAGCAUUCGUCACUCUGGUAAAGUAA